AUGACCGUAGGCGAGCAAGGCAGUGGCUUCUCUUUGGCAGCCUCGCAGCUCCGCGUCGGCUCCUCCCUGGGCGGCGGCGGGACGCAGCGCUCGACGCCGCUCGCCAUGAACCACCUCCUGCGGGGGAAGAAGGCGCUGACGUCCAAGACGAAGCGAGGCGCUCCCCAGGGGGUCAUUCCCGUCAUGGAACCGAAGAAGAAGGUCGAACGGAAAUUCAGCGACUCGACGGGCGCGCGCCCCGCCCCUCAAGCACAGAAGGCCCAGCUCAAGUCCAGCUCGCGUUCCCUCCGCAGCCACUACCAGACCCUCAAGCGACCGCCCAGCAGCUGCUCGCAAAGCCCUCCCAAGGUAGAGACUCUGCACUGGAAGGAUACGCCUCGCAGGGACCGGCGGGCCUCGCUGCCCUCGGGUGUCAAGCUCCUGGAAGCCCCUGCGCCCGCGCCCAGCGCCCUCGGGGUCCAGGAUGAGGCAGACGACGCCGAGGGAGGCAGCAGCACCUCGACGGAGCUGUGCGACGACGAGGACGAAGACAAGCUCAGCGACCUCGAGGCCGACGCGGCGGCGGAGGGGCGCCCGGCCACCACCUCCCCGCGCCUCGAGACCGUCACGGAGGUCCAGAAGACAUCGCCCGCCAAGCAGCCGCGAAGAAGGCAAGAAGCUAAGGCAAUAACCUCACAGAGAGAGAAACCGGCCGCUGAGAGAGAAACCGAACCCAAGCCAGGAACGAAGCCGCCGGUAAAAGCACCACAAGAAAAGCCGGAAGUAGCGACGGCGCAGACUAAGCCAGGAUUACUCCCAGACAGUGAAUCUAGAGACAAACCGGAAAUAAAAUCAGAUAUAGAAUUAGAAGCAGGCAAACUCGAUGACUCAAAAGCGGACAUUAAACCACCGUUGCGUGAGGAGGAAGAAACUAAAACUAGUAUCGAACUGGGAGAGACGAAACUAAAAACCGGUGUAGUGGAGAGCAGUGAAGAGGAAAUUGCAAAGCAAGCCAAACUAGAGGAUAGAAUAAAGAAGAUAAUACCAGAAAAUAAGCUACGAGAAAUCGAAUCACAAAAGGAACCAGAAACGUUAAUAUCUGAGGGUAAAACAGAGGAAAUAAAGGCAGAAAGUGAAGCGCAGGAGAUAAAACCGGAAAUUAAGCCAAAUGAGAUAAAACCAGCAAUUAAAGCAGCGGAGAUAAAACCACCAACUGAUUCAAUUGAGAUAAAACCAGAAAUUAAAGAGAUUACAGAACAUGCAGCAAUUGAAUCACUGGAGAUAAAACCAGAAAUUAAGCCAAAGGAAAUAAAACCAGAAAUUAAGCCAGAGGAGAUAAAACCAGAAAUUAAACCAAAGGAAAUAAAACCGGGAAUUAAAGCACCAAAGGAAAUAAAGCCGGAAAUUAAAGCAGUGGAGAUUAAACCAGAAAUUAAAGAGAUUACAGAACAUGCAGCAAUUGAAUCCCUGGAGAUCAAACCAGAAAUUAAGCCAGAGGAGAUAAAACCACCAACUGAUUCAAUUGAGAUAAAACCAGAAAUUGAACCAAAGGAAAUAAAACCGGAACUUAAAGCAGUGGAUAUAAAACCAGAAAUUAAAGAGAUUGCAGAACAUGCAGCAAUUGAAUCCCUGGAGAUAAAACCAGAAAUUAAAGUAGUGGAGGUAAAACCAGCAAUUGAAUCAGUACAAAUAAAACCAGAUAUAAUAUCAGUGGAAGUGAAACCAGCAAUUGAAUCAGUAGAAAUAAAACCAGAAAUUGAAUCAGUGGAAAUCAAACAUAAAAUGGAAGUAGAGAUAAGACCCGAAAGUGAAUCAGUGGAGAUCAAGCCAGAAAUAAAUAUAAAAGCAGAGAUUAAAUCAGAGGAAACAAAAGCAGAGCAUUUGUUAACAGCAAUAACACAAGAAGAGAUGAAAACAGAUGAGUUAAAACCAACAGAUAAACAAGAGGAGGUUAAGCAAGAAGGCAAAUUAGAAGAGUUCGAGCCAGAAGAUGUACUGGAAACUGUGAGAGCAGAAAAUAAGUUACCAGAAAUAAAGCCAAAGGAAGUAGGACUUGAAGACAAAACAGACGAGAUAAAACUUACAAAACUAACAGCCGAGAAUAUCCUUGAGGAAAUGAAACUGGAGAAUGAAGUGGAGCUAGAGGAGACAAAGCCAGAGGCAAAAGGUGUAGAACUGAGACUGGAGGGGGUGUCGGCCACAAUACUAGACGUAGGACAGCAGAGACAGGAUACAACAGUUGGGGCUGCUUGGGAGGAAACACCACACAAAGAAAUGGCACAGGAAGGUGUGCGAGAAGGCGAGAUAAGUAAAGGUGUACUGGAAAAUAUAGUGCAAGGUGAACAAUUGGAAAAGACAAUAAUCGAUCAGAAAGAGGAAGGGGAACCAGUGGAACUAGAGGUAACCGAAGGGAUAUUUAAGUGGACGAAAUUUGCCUUUACGGAGGAGGAAGUAAAGCCAGAAGAGAUUGUAGAACAUGCAGCAUCCCUACCUCUCUCGCCGCACUUGCCAGCCGAUGAAGUAGCAGAGGGCGCUAUCCCAGUUCAGGCUGAGAAUCCACCACCCAGCUCUUUGUAUUCCCCCAGUUACGCAUUCUCAUACGGGAUUCCUCUGGAGGUUCUCUUGGCUGGGAAGAAUCUAACAGCUGCUGAAAUCAUAGCAAGGAUUCCUUUUCCAAGUGACGUCAGCUUUAUGAAAGGCCCCGAAGAGAUAGAUAAAUUCAGUGCUCAACAUAAUGUCACACCACAGAGGUCACCAAUAGAAACUACUUUUCCAGAUUUCCCAUCACUUGUACCUGUCAGUGAAACUUCGCUGACGGUGAAGAUGUCCCCUGAUUCUUCACCAUCAUUAUCUCCAUCACCAUCUCCAAGAACUUCCCCCAUUAGUGCAUCACCACACAGAUCUCUUACAAACACUCCUAGUAUAUCUCCGAACACCACGCAAGAGACUAAAGCUAGCGUAAAUUGGUCACAGACAGAACUGCCUUCUACACCCCCAGAAUCUAGAAUGGGAUCGCCACUCAUCCCACCCAAGUCCCCUAAAAUUACAGUUGAGGAUGAAAAGAAAAAUGUUUUUGAAAUCCAUUCUGGUGUUCCGGGAUUUUCAACAUUUGUAUUUCAUCCCUUAGAGGAGACUGGAGAAAAAUCCCUUUCUAACAUAUGUCCAGAAGCUGAAUUAGACUCUGAAGCAAAAGUUUUGCCUGGAGAAACAGUACAAAAGUCAAAAGAUCCAAACAUUACAGGCCAAAAUAUAAGUGACUCUCCCAUUCUCCAUGAUACUCCUUUUGUAGACACUCUAGGGUUUAGCCAAAGAAGCACUGAGAGCAAUACAACAUCAGAUGCAGAAAUACCAACAUGUCACAUAGCAAAACAGUUCAAUAUUGAUUUUGAUAUACAAGAAGGUAAUGAAAUCAAGGACGAGUCAUUUUCGGAUAUAAGUGUUAAACACAAUAUCAAAGACCUUUACACCAUAGGGGAUGAAGAUACGCAAGAGGUUUCAGAGGAAAAUGACACUGAUGUGCCGCCAAAACUACUAACAUUCAGAAAAAAUAUAUCAAGGUCAAGACUCACCACCAUGUUGACAGAUAAUGCUGAAAAGGAACCGUCUGACACAGAUUCACAGGUUUAUGAAGCAGGUGCGUUGACUGUUGACAGCUUUAAGACAGAUACUUCCCAUGAUGCAAGCUACUUGCCACCAUCAUCAAGCUUAGAGACUAAAAGUCAGUAUCCCACUGCUGAAGUUUCAGAUAUCACCCAGCCUAAAGUGGCAAGUGCAAACAAUGACUCCUUUAAUAUAAAACUAGGGGACAUUGAAAUGUGUUUGAAGACUGAACAACUCGACCAAGCAAAAGCUGCAACUUCAGAGGUAGAUGUAUUAAAGUCGACAAGCCCAGUUUGUAGUAGUGAAAAACCUUUGUCACCUAUACCUUUGGCCACCCAUUUGGUAUCUAAAACAGAAAUACAAGUCUCAGGGACUCUUGCCGAAGUGCCCAAGACAACCAUACAAACAGAUGACGAUAGGCCAGUGCUGUUACAUUCACAAAUCAAAAGUUCUUCGUUGUCUGUUGGAGCUAUGGAUGUUUCUGAAUCUGCUGACAAUCAAGAAUUAGAACAUAAAUCUAGUUUUACUGAGUUUAAAGAUUCAUAUCUUUCUUCUCAAGCAAGCAGCUCCAGAGAAUCUGAUGUAGCUCCUCUUGAUAACAGUAUUUCUUCCGCGGCAACACCACUCGAGAGUAAAAUACUUGCAGAAGUAACCAGAGAGGACAGAGAAAUUGUACAUACACAGAGUCAGGCAGAGACAAAUGCAGAUGUCACAGCCAGGCUUUCAACAAUUGUCCCUUCUAAAAUAUCAUUGGAGGAGAGAAUUUCAGCUUUGCUUCCACCUGAAACACUUGCAACAUGGACUGCUAAGUAUGAAAGUGAUAAAGUGGCAUCACUUAGUGAAGAACCAGGUGGAAUAUCAAACGAAGAGAAAUCUUUUGAAACAAAUUUGCCUUUAGUAGAUGAAUCUCAAGAUGAAGCAAAGACCGUAAUCAUAGAAAUGCAAGGAGGUGCAUCCCAUUCAGAAUCAUAUAAUAAAGAAAAUGAGCCAGUGCACACAGAAAAUAGACAAACAUCCAAACAAUCAUCUGUAGAGACAGCUGAAAAAGCGGAUCAAACUUUGAAAAAAUUGUUCGAAGACUCAAAGUUGUUGCUUAAAGAAAAUAAUGGAAACAUAACACAAGAAAAGGUCAGAGAAGAAAUACAGUGUUCACCUACAGAGCCUAUUUCAAAAGACAAAAAACUACCUCUUCCAUCAGAAUACGAAGAUUCGGAUAAGUUGCCUACGUACAAAGAAGGGAUUCAAACGACGGCCGGAAAGGGCUAUGAGGAAAGUGCCUUGUUACCAAUGGAGGAUAAACUGGAUACACAGCUUGGAAAUAUCCUAUGUAGUACACCUAAAGUCUGUUCAUCGUUUGUAGAAAGAUCAGAUGAUAUAGUGGAGUUUGCAGUUGAUAAAUUAUCCCAAGAAACAGAAAUAGGGACCAGCAAAAGACCUCAAGAAGGGACACAACCAGUUUCAAAAUUACCUUGUGAUGUCAAGCCAGACCAAUCAGAGAUAAAGCCAAGAGAGUCUACAGAUGAGCUGGCAUCCUCCCAGAUGGCUGCAGGUGAGAGCAUUAGUUGUUUAGGAGACGUGGAUGAAGCAAGUCAGGGUCCUUCCAGGCGACAGCGAGGAGAAUCGUCCCUGACUGCAUCGUUGGAGGGCAGGAUUUCGGCAUUUCCAUUCAGUAUUGAUUCUGAAGAAAAUGUUUUAUCUUUCGAGGAGACUGGUGAAGACGAUGCUGUGUUUGAAAGCGGUGGGCCAGAGAUGGAAACUGAUUUCUUUAGUGAAAAAGAUCUAAGCUCGGAAGCUAUUCGCCAGAGGCUUUGGAGGGGUGUCAAAUCCCUGAGUUUAGAUGCUGAUAUCACCCUUGAUCCUGAUAUUUUCUGCUUUUUAAUACAGCAGAGUUCAAAAUCUAGUCAUAAAGAAGGCAAAAGAAAAGGUUUGCAAAAACGAAGAAAUAGUGAAGUAGAAUUGCAAGAGUUAGUAAAAGAAAAUACUGAAAUAAUUGAGAGAAUUAUGAAGCAAAAGUCAGUUGAAGACGCAGGAGCACUGAUAUACAGCAUCAAAGAGACAGAUACACCAGCCAAUACACCCAUAGAGGAGCAUGAGGAAGCAGCUCAGUCUGUGAAAAGUAACUCCAACAGAGAACACGAGAGUACCGCGAAAUCCUCAAGCAGCAGCACUGAGCCACACGAACUACCCUUGGCAAACUCAAGUGGCAGUGAGCUAAGCGAAGCAUUGAGUCUAGAAAAAGAAACCAGGUCUCAACACCCCAAGGAAAUGCCAUCAGGUCAUGCGUCUCCACCUGAUCAGAAGAUGAGCAGUCAAGGCUCUGAUAUGGACCAAGCAGCAAAGAGUAUCAGUACUAUGAAAUCAUCUUCCAAAACUACCAAACUCUCACGAUCUUCCAGUGUUUCACUUGAAGGUCCAAUGAGACCCAUCACCUUCAAUCCAUUCCCAACGAGGAAUGUUCCCCGGCAGCCAAAGGAAGUUGCAGUAAAAUUAGGUCUCUAUAGCCCUACCAAAACAUCCAGUAGUUCUCCAACUUAG